GCAGAAGAUUGUUCCGGCCCCUUCCAAAAAUCAUCGGCCCACAAACAUUGCCAUUCGCCCUUUGCGCCCCAAAAACAGCCUUGCGUCGCUAUGACCUGAUAUUUUUCGCCGGCCAAAGACUCAAGCCGAAAGCCUUGCGGAUAUUGGCCCAGGAAACACCAUGGGCAGUAUCAGACGCAUCAAGACGAAACGUCGCACCCGCGAUCUUGAUCAAGUCAAAGCCGAUCUGAAAUCACCUAGACAUCUUGCUCAACACAAAGGCCUCAAGGCCGCCGAGGAUCUGCCCGGGCUGGGUGCCUUCUAUUGUACCGAAUGCGCCAAAUAUUUCUCAGACAGCCACAACCUGAACGAGCAUAGAAGAGGGAAGAACCAUAAGAGACGGUAUUUGCGAUCUUUCGACACUGUGGAGAGACCUGACCUUUGAAUAGUGUUCGAAUGCUCAAGGAAGAGGCACACACCCAGAGAGUUGCAGAUGCAGCCGUAGGCCUGGGAACAGACAAGCGUCGCCCCCGCUCCUCGGAAGAUGGUCCGGACAGCGAGGCCAUGAAAGAUGUCGAGCAUUGAGGUCUGAACUGUGUUGCUCCAUGCAGCAUACAUCACUCGGGAGUCUUCUCUCGUGGACGACCUGUUGACGGACUAGGCGCAUGCAAACAUGCAAACGCGAGUUUGCAUGUGCGAUACAGCAACGGCACGACUUUGGAAGGAGCCACCCCGCCUGAACAAGAAUUUCAAGUCGGCCUCCCAGACCACACUUCGCUUCCUCGAUCUAUAUCUUGGAUCCAUCAUUGAUGGUCCCCUAAGAAGACCAUGAUCCUUUCGUAUGCAUACCACUAUCGAAAGGUUAGUAGGAAUGACGAUGAAAUCAUACCGGCGCGGCCUACCUGGACUGCAUUUACAAUGAACGCCCUCAAACUACAGAUGCCAACACCACGAUAGAAGCCGCUCAUUCCGGAGGUUUGCCAAAUGUCCCGAGCAAUGCUAAAAGUGGUCUUUGCCUGGUGAGCCGCCACACUGGCCCCAGGAAGAAGUCUUUGGCACUCUGCGGUCGGGGAAGGCUGCGUCUGAAGACGGGUCUUGAUAACAUCCAGGGGAUAGAUGGACACCCAGGUGAUGACCCCGGCAAUGCCGCCACUGAUCAAAACUUCCGUAGCAGUAGGAGAAGUGAACGGAUCGGCUUGUCUCGAAAGCAGCAGUCGCUUACUUAGCUCGUACGACCAAAAAUACCAGCCGUAUCCCACUGCAUCUCGAACAGCAGUAAUUGUGCCUCCG